AUGAGUAACAGUAGGCUAGAGAGUACUAGUACUAGUACUAGUAGUAGUAGUCGUAGUAGUAGUAUGACACUACUCAGUUGCCAUAUUUCACUAUCAAAUGCUCAACAAACUCUCCCCGAUGAUGAACGUAUACAAUAUGGAUUAUUAAUACCACAGAAUCAGUCUCUAUGUUUAGCAUCAAGUCCUGGUGUAACAUUUACUUGUAGCAACCAGACAUUUGAUGGACAAUAUCGCAUCGUUAAAAUUUCUGCAAGUGUAGUUACUUUUACCAAUGGUGGCAGUCCAUCAUCCUCUUUGACAUCAUUGACAAUGCCUGCUUUGAAAAAUAUCGAUAUCAAUGCUAAUGGGGUUGCCAAUCCGUCGAUCAAUGUGUUGGAGUUACUCAAAUCAGUCAAAAGUCUGGAAGAGAUUUACUUUCAGAAUGAUCCAUCGAUCAAACCACUAAGUGAUUUCAAUAACUUUCCUAAUCUUACCUAUUUUCGUUUGUCCAAUCUCUACAAAACUCCAUUUAUAGUACCUCAUGGCUUUCUAAACAACUCUAUCAAACUUGAAGAAAUCCAUCUUUCUUCUCCAGUUACAUCUAUUACGAUUGACGAUUCUCUCCACUUUCCUUCUCUCUUUCGUUAUAAUUUUCAUUCCAAUUGUACCUAUGGAUCACACCAUAUCAAUCUAACCUCCAAAUCGUUUCCAAAGCUUAGGAGUUUAUCUGUUUACCCUUAUGGCGGAUCAAACACUACUAUCUAUUUGAAUACGAAUACCCCCAACAUCAAAAUGGCUUUAAUCAUUGUAAGAUUAAUAGAUAGAUAG